CCCCACCCCCCAGGCGGCCCAGGAGGGAGUUUGCACCUCUCGCUGCCUGGGUACUCUGGUCGCCGCUGCAAAGCCAACUUUGGAAAAAGUUUUCAGGGGGAGACUUCAGCUUUGAGGUGCCCAGCUCUAGCUUUCCGACUUCGGGACCCUUCCCGGAAAAUGUUGCAAAAAAGCUAAGCCAGCGGGCAGAGGAAGACGCCGUUAACCCGCAGCGAGAGAAGAGAGAAGACGAGCCAUCGACCGCCGCCUUCUUUUUCCUCUUGGAGGUUGGAGUCCCCUAGGCGCCCCCACACGGCUAGACACCUCGGCUGGUUCGCAACGCAGCCCCCCGGCCGUGGAUGCUCGCUCGGGCUCGGGAUCCGCCCAGGUAGUGGCCUCGGACCCUGGUCUCGCGCCCAGGCCCUCCCCAGUCCCCCAACAACGGAGCCGGGGCCGGGGGCGGUGGCACCCGGGGGCCAUGCGGGUGAGCCGCGACAGCGGCUGCAGCGGCCUGAGCGCCUGAUCGCCGCAGACUCCAGCCGAGCCCACCUCCCUCCCCAGCCCCCGCCCUCCACCCUGGCCGUGGGGGCCGCGCGCUCGGUCCACGCGUCCGGGGCCCCGCGGGGCCGGGCCCGGAGUCGGCAUGAAUCGCUGCUGGGCGCUCUUCCUGUCUCUCUGCUGCUACCUGCGUCUGGUCAGCGCCGAGGGGGACCCCAUUCCUGAGGAGCUGUACGAGAUGCUGAGUGGCCACUCGAUCCGCUCCUUCGAUGACCUCCAGCGGCUGCUGCACGGAGACUCCGUAGACGAAGGUGGAGCCGAGCUGGACCUGAAUUUGACCCGGUCCCGUUCCGGAGGCGAGCCCGAGAGCUUGUCCCGAGGGAGAAGGAGCCUCGAUUCCUCCACGGUCGCCGAGCCAGCCAUGAUUGCCGAGUGCAAGAUCCGCACGGAGGUGUUCAAGAUCUCCCGGAGCCUCAUCGACCGCAGCAACGCCAACUACGUGGUGUGGCCGCCCUGCGUGGAGGUGCAGCGCUGCUCCGGCUGCUGCAACAACCACAAGGUGCAGUGCCGUCCGACCCAGGUGCAGCUGCGCCCCGUCCAGGUGAGAAAGAUUGAGAUGGUGCAGAAGAGGCUGAUCUUCAACAAGGCCACAGUGACCCUGGAGGACCACCUGGCCUGCCGGUGUGUGACAGUGGUUCCUGCACGACCUGUGAGCCGCACCACAGGGAGCUCCCAGGAGCAGCGAGCAGCCAAGACGCCCCAAACUCGGGUGACCGUUCGAACGGUGCGAGUCCGCAGGCCCCCCAAGGGGAAGCACAGGAAGUUCAAGCACACGCAUGACAAGAAGGCGCUGAAGGAGACCCUGGGAGCCUAGGGCGUCUGCAGGAGAGCGCGGGCAGGGUUAUUUAAUAAGGUAUUUGCUGUAUCGCCCCCAUGGGGUCCUUGGAGUGAUAAUAUUGUUCCCCUCGUCCGUCUGUCUCGAUGCCUGAUUCGGACGGCCAAUGGUGCUUCCCCCGCCCCUCCACGCGUCCGUCCGUCCACCCCUCUGCCAGCGGGUCUCCCCUCAGUGGCCUCCAGCGCCUUGCCCGGAAGCUUGAGAAGGAAAUGAAGGAUCUGGACUCCAUCGAGGUCUUCCUCCCUCCGACCCCGAGGACCUGGGAAAAGAGCACAAGAGAGACUGAGGGGGGACGGGGCCCCCUGGCCGGGCCACCCCGAGCUGCGGACUGGCUCCGAGAACCCUGCCCGCGGCCCCGAGGACCUCUUGGCUUGGCCUGCCUGGUCCUGGCCCCUGGACAGUCUGAUGGGAACACCCCCAGGCCGGCCGGAGUGCCCCGUGCUCCUGUGGCUGAGACCAGGGGGGAGCACAGACUGGAGAAACCCCUCCCACAGAGCCCAGGCCCAGUCGCCGCUCCCUGGUCACCUGUGCUCGCAGCGGCCUUCUUUCCUUUAUACAUAUGACAUCUUUGAAGAUGUGGACUCCUCCGGGCAAGUGCGGCCCAAGUGCCAGGCAGCCUAGAGCCAUUUCGAGGGGUUAGAGAUGAAGUUUGCCCUGGAGGUGGGUGCAGGUGGAGACCUGGGCAUCCACUGCCUCCUCCGCGCCCCCCUUUGCGUCCUCCUCCGUUUCACCUCUCUACCUCCACCCUGCAUCUCCCUCUGGUCCACCGAGGGAGCGCCCCUCUUGGAGGCUCCUGUGACCCGAGGGCCUGCUCCCAUCACAUCCCAGCCCACACUGCCGUGCAAAGCCGUGCAGGGCGCCCUGCCCAGGCCGCACUGCCCAGCGCACCCAGGCGGGACCACUGUUCCCAUCACAGGCACGGCCCAUCUGUGUGUUUAUUAUGACAGCUUCGGGCAGGGGGAGGACACGUGUCUUUUCCUAAUUGACACAAAGGCUCCGUGUGCACUGGCUGUACCCCUGACCCGGCCCCUGGCUUGGAGUGGCCGGACAGGAGUGAGCUCAUGGAGGGCCGGAGGUAAGACGUUGUCCGUCUGGCCUCCAUUUCCCCACGUCCUCGCUCAAGCAGUCCCGCUCCCAGGCAGGUGUGAAAACUCAAGGGAAAGUCUCCAGUGGUGGGGGGGGCACGCUCCCCCAUCUUAGACCCUUUUGAGUUCCAUCUCUGGUGGCUGGGCUGUGGGGAGGGGAAGGGAAAAGAUCCCCAGGCCCCUAGGGGUGGGUUCUGAGCUCCCUUCCCAUCUUCUACUGCACUUCCCCCCCUACCCCACCCCAAUCUGCUUCCUUCAGUUUGUAAAGUCGGUGAUUAUAUUUUUGGGGGCUUUCCUUUUAUUUUUUAAAUGUAAAAUUUAUUUAUAUUCCGUAUUUAAAGUUGUAAAAAAAAAUAACCAC